ACAGCUUCUUCUCCAACUCUAAUCCCUGAGGAUUCACACCUGUUCAGAGCAUCAUUUUCUCUCAUCCUGGCUUCACUGAAACUCAUUUUUCAGCUAAACCAUCACAUGCAUGUUUUCAGAGGGCUGGGAUGGACAGUUUGAUCCAUGGUGCUGGUGACACUUCAGUCUUGGUGAGAUGUCCUUGAGUGGCAACACAACCCAGUCUUCUUUGUCAGCGUCACCUUUUCCUUUGAUCUUCAACAGCUCCACCCCUCCACAAUCCUCAGCUUGGGAGAAAGAGCGAGCCAGCCAUGGGUCUGUACAGGACUGGCCAGGGAAUGAGACCCAGCUCCUCUCAGACUUCACCAUUCUGGAGCAUGAUGAGCAGUGCCACAUGUCUCCUGUUCUGACAGCAUGCCUUGUAGCCUGGUACAGUGUUACAAUGGUGCUAGGGUUGGUGGGCAACAUUGGCCUCAUUUGCAUCAUUGCCCGCCGCAGAGAAAAGGUCAAUGUCACCAGCAUUUUCAUCUGCAACCUGUCAUUCUCUGACAUUCUGGUAUGUGUCUUCUGCCUCCCCUUCACUGUCAUAUACACAAUCAUGGACCACUGGGUGUUUGGCUCGCUGUUAUGUCGCCUGGUGCCGUUCAUCCAGUGUGUCUCUGUGAGUGUGUCAGUGCUGUCUCUAGUGUUUAUCGCCUUAGAAAGGCACCAGCUUAUCAUUAACCCCUCUGGAUGGAAACCAAGUGUUCCUCAGGCCUACAUGGCGAUUGUUCUCAUUUGGAUACUGGCCUGCUUCACAUCUUUGCCUUUCUUAGCCUUUCAGCUGCUCACAAAUGAGCCCUAUACCAAUGUAAUCCUGCCCGUGUCAUCGGUACAUGACCAAGAUUUUCCUCAUGCUUAUCUCAACACAUCUCCUACUCAUACAUACAAAAACCUGUCUGCGCUUCAAAAUUCAUACCGUUCCCUCUUUUCUUACGUCCCCACCUCUUCACAUAUGGAAGCCUGUGUGGAGCACUGGCCAUCCCAGGGUCACAGAGUCGCUUACACCACGUGGCUUCUGCUGUUCCAGUACUGUGGGCCACUGUUUUUGGUCCUGCUCUGUUAUGUUAGAGUUAUUGUGCGGCUCCGUCACCGCAAAGAAAUGUUGGACCGCGCCCGGACCCCCGAGUGCCAGCGCAUGACCCACAGCCGCCGGAUCAACAUCAUGCUGGUUGCUCUCAUAACAGUCUUUGCCCUUUGCUGGCUUCCGCUCACCAUCUUCAACGUGGUGUCAGACUGGAACCAGGAGGCUCUGCCCGUCUGUCACCACAACCUGCUGUUCUCCCUCUGCCACCUGCUGGCCAUGUCCUCCACCUGCAUUAACCCCGUCAUCUACGGAUUCCUGAACUCCAACUUUAGGCAAGAGGUGAGCGAGGUGCUCCUACACUGCCGCUGUUUCCCACUAGAGGAAGAGUGUGAGCAAUAUCCCAUGUCCACUGUGCACAUUGAAGUGUCCCAUACCUCUGUGCCUCUAACCUGCAGGAGCAACUCUGUGUGACACUGAUGCUUCAGCCUAAAGGAUCCUUCUUACAUAAACUGUACAGUUGUAAGACAAACUGUUGCUGUUUGUUCUUACUUUAAUGUCAAUAGAUCCAUUU